GCCUCCAUCAAAAAGGCUUCAAAAGCUUCAAAAUCAAAGGAUGAUUAAACUGGUAUUAAUUACAUCUACGGUGUUGGUGCGAAUUGAAGGAAACGCCGCGGAUGAAGAAUUUUAUUUUUCUUAA